AUGCCCUGGAAGCCGCUGCCUCUUGCUUAUGCAGUAGCCAGGUACCCUUUUCAACCUUCGGCUUCUCCCACCGAGCUUCCACUGCAGAUUGGCGAUCAAUUGUAUGUCAUCGAACAGGGCGGUAAAGAUGGCGCCUGGUGUCGUGGUUAUCUGGUUGCUCCACCGACUCUGUUAUCGGCCUUAACUCCCGCUGGAAGGACCGCCGCUGACGCGCGCGUCUUCUCUGGUAUUUUUCCGAAAUGCUGCAUUGAAAUUCGGGAACAGCUUGGUUCUGGAAUCUCUGCGGUUGCCCAACCCGGCGAGCCAAAGCCACAAGCCCCCGUGCCGAUGUUGAAAAUUGGAGAUGAUUCACCGACAUCUUCGACAGAACCUCUUGUGGAUGAGAUAUCAUCAUGCCUGCGAGAGUGGUAUAUCCUUCACCUCCCGGACCUAGUCCUCCGGCGCGAGUAUCGGGUUCUUGAUCAGAUGUCAGAGAUUACGAGUCGACUUGAUUAUGCUCGGAGAGAGCUCCUGAACGACGUUCUUACUGCGCAGGAACGAUUGCAGGUGCGAAGUGAUGCAGUCUGGGACCUAGUCAGGGGCAACAAAAUGCUCAGUGGCGAGGUUAUCGUACGAGAUGCCACGCAACACGGCCGAUUGUUGACGUCCGACGAUUCUGCCAUUGAAAUGACCAAGUUGCAAGCGAUCAUGAGCGUUUUGGAGUCGCCACCAUCCGAGAAAUCCAGGGCAACUUCUCUACACCAUUGCCUCCUUGAUGUUAUUUCAGUUGUCGGCUCCGAUUUAGAGUCUGCAAGCUUAAACCUAGCCCUGUAUCGCAAAGAUUCAGAUGGCAAUCUCGAGUCAUUUUCCGAAACUUACAGUUCUAUUGCUUCGGCAAAGAUGAAGACGCUGUUUUCAGAUCUCAGUAAAAGAGACAUAGGUGAUGGCGGAGAAAUCUUUCUAACCGUGAAGGUCACCAUUUCAGAGCCUCCGCGAAAAGCGAAGCGACGAGCUCCUGAGCGGCCUCCGUCCAGAAAUGGAACCUUGUUGGGCCAACGGCAACUUUCUCUUAACCGACGGAGGUCAAGUAUGAUGUUUGGCAAAAAGAAAUACGCCGAAAAACCGCAGCCGGGGAUCAACGGCCGAGCGACGCCCCAGACCAACGCCAGGGCUCAGACACCCUCGAUUGCCGAAGAAGAGGACGGUUCAGCACCGGCCCAAGGCCCUCCGGUGCCUCGAACAGUCGCGGUCGGGGUUCUCGAUGUGAGCACCCUCAUGCGCGAAGGUAAACCUCAUGAAGAGACGAUCACGAUGUGGUCGGUUUCACCGCGAGACGACGAAAAGCGCAGAGAAGCGGAUCCUAAAAUAGUGCAAUUGUUGAACUCUCACGGGAGAUCUCUUGUGGUUUCCCCUUACAUCUCAAGUGUGGCUCUCAGACUUACUCCUUACACUGCUCCGGAUGCAGAUACAAUGGUCAGGAACAAUCCGACCUCAAUGCAUCUCGUCACCAAAACCCAAAAGAUUGGCUUUUCAGAGGCACCUUCUAGGCCUCGAUCAGACAUAUAUCUCAGGCUGAACAAAGCCAUUAUAACUCAAGGAGCGCACCUCUCGCAUCCAGAAUUGAAUGUGACCCCGAUCAAAGCCCAUUCUAUGCAGAACCUACAAUUAACAAUGGAGGUUCGGGAUUCUUCUGGCCGGCGCAUCGAACAUUGCAUUUAUCCCUCUUCGAACGGGGCAGCUGUAACUGCAUUACGCACGAACGCUGUUGAACUCGAUUCUGCGUGGGACCAGACACUAUGUCUUCGAAUACCAACAGAUAAAGUUCCAGACAGUCACCUGAUCAUCAGCAUUGCGGAUGCCCCUGAGUUCCCAUUUGCACUGGCUUGGAUGCCACUAUGGGACAAGCAUGCUUUCGUUAGUGAUGGAAAGCACUCUCUCAUCCUGCAUGCUUACGAUAAGAUAACUUCCAGUGUCGUCCAAGGUCGUGGGGCAUAUCUGUCUUUACACUGGAAUCAUGCAACUUACAAAACUGUUCACGAGGGAAGCUAUGCCAAUAUCGCAUCGUUGGAGGUCAGCACCCUUCUAUGCAGUACAGAAUACUCACAAGACCGCACUUUGGUCAGCCUCAUCAAGUGGAAACAUCAGACUUCAGUGCAGUUGCUAGACAUCCUCCAGAAGCUUACAUUUGUGCAAGAGAUAGAAAUCGUGAAGCAACUGCAAGAUGUUCUUGAUGCACUGUUUGGAGUGCUUGUGCACAAGUCUGGCGAGUCCAAAUUUGAGGAUCUCAUUUUCAACGAUAUCGUGUGGGUAUUGGGCAUUGUACACGACAGACGGUACAAUCUGGGACCUCUUGUCGAGCAGUAUACUGAAAGUCACUUUCGCUCCCCUUACGCCGCAUCCUGCCUCAUACGAAGUUUCACCAGGCUUCUCCAAAGUGUGUCAGACCCUCAGAGUGCUCGAGACAUGAGAGCUCUGUUCAAGGUCGGCAGGACGUUCAUGAAGAUUGUUAUCACGUCUUAUCAGCAACGGCGAUUUGGGUCGCAAACGAAUGAAAAGGGAGACGAAAAGCAUUCCAAUUUCAAACAAGACAUGCAGGCUAUUUUAUUUGGACUGCAGAUGAUGAUGCGCAGUGAAACGGCGGCCCUGGUAGGCAGCAAAACCUUGCUCGUGCGAGAGUUCCACACCUGGCUGCCCGAAUUGCUUCCAGCUUUCAGCAAGGAGGAGGUCAUCAGGACAUCUAUCGACUUCAUUGAUUCUUGUGAGGAUGCAACGGGGAAAUUGGUCCUGUACCGGCUCAUCCUCAUUCUCAACUAUACCAAGCUGGAUCGGAUAUGGACCGAGGACAGGGACAAAAAGAUGCUCGUGAAAAACUGUGUCAGAUGGCUUUCCCCUUACUGGACCCAAAAUGACUUAUCAGACGAUUGGCACGAACAAGUCCGACUAAGUUGUUCGAUUGUAGCUGAACUUACACGAUUCCCGACUCACUACUUGCACGAGUUUGUGCCAAAACUUAUCUCUGCCUAUGAAGCCAUUGCACGACAGCCUUCAACUCGACGGCGCUCGCUAUCGUUCCUCUUCCCUGAUUCAUACCCGUUCGUAAGCAAAGCAACAGACUGUGAAGACUCCUUCGAUGAGACUUUACUUGAGCUCUCGGCGACAGUGGCCACCAUCGCAAAGCUGAAAGCGCCUUUGUCUCCCAAAAUGCACGGCCAAGAGCUUUCGAAUUACGUACUUUCGACACUUAGCAUGCUACGUUCGCUCCUUCAGCACAAUGCAUGCCCAUCGACCUGGCUCAGUUUACACAUUUACCAUCACUCUUCUGCCUUGACGAUUCUGAACUACCUCUCUAACCUGCUCAUCUCACAAUAUCUUCCCAGUCCCGAGGAAGCCGAAAAUCCAGACCAGGCUGACAGUUUCAACCUGAAGAUGAGCUUGUGGAAAUCUUUCCUCGACACUCUGCUCAUGUUGGUCUCAUCCCCAGCCCUUGCCCUUGAACUUUUCCCUGAGCAGAAACGCCGUGCGGUUUGGAAGAUAUCUGGUGACGUCCGUCAAUCCGGCGCUGACCUUUUGCGAAACUGUUGGGAAAGCCUUGGAUGGGAAGCAUCGGCUGACGAUCAAAGACGGUACAAUAUCCGGAAGCUGGGUGGGUACCAGGUUCAAUAUGUGCCUAGUUUGGUUGCGCCCACAAUAACACUAUGUCUCAGUAUGCACGAGGGUCUGCGUAGGGUCGCAGUUGAGAUUCUCCAGACCAUGAUCGUCAACGAGUGGGCGUUGAGCGACGGAGAGAGUCUGGAGCUGAUCGAGACAGAGGUGAUCGGAGCAUUGAACAGUAUCAUCAAGGCAAAACCUGUGAGUGCCAAUGAGGCCAUGAGCCGCAAGAUUUUCAUCGCCGAGUUACUGGACUUGUUCAGUACGAUUGCCAACCAGCCAGACGACGCGCUGUGGACGGCAAUCGAAGAUCUUGUUGCCACGAUCGAUGAGUUGAUUGACCUACUCACAACCACCGAGGCGGAUGAGGAAGUCGACGACCACCCCAGGGACAUGAGUAAUGGACAUGCCAGAGGGCAAAGUGGCGAUUCGCAGAACAGCGAGGCCAAGGAGUUGGCGAGGGCGAGGAGGAGCAUUGACGGGUUGACACCCACGAGCCCGGCGCAAGGGCGCGACAAGGAGUACGGUGUCCAUGCGCUGGAAUGUUAUAAGCAAUUGGCAGAAGAAUAUGAGCGCAAUGGUGACUAUAAGAGAUUGGCAAAGACUUACAGGGCCAUUGCUAGGAUCCACGAGGCGAGAGCUGCGAGCCGAGCGGGUCCAGGAGGGCCGAUCAAUGGGCGGCAGGCUUACGGGGAGCACGAUGCAGAUGGUGAGGAGGAAGAUGUUUAG